AUGGCAGCUUUGAAAGCACUUGCCCGUUUCACGACUCGUUUCGCCGCACCGUCGAUCGCGGCGAGUCGCGUGCGACAAAAUACGACUGUUUCCAGUAUCUCGAGCGUAGCGUUAAGAGUCGAGCGACCGCUUCAUGCCUCGCGAACGGUGCGGCGCGUCGCGCGACGAAGCUUCCCCGCGCGAACCUUCUGCAGCGUGGCGAACGAGCAGGCGGAGGCGGAGAAGUCGGCGGAGGACAUGCUGUCGGAUCUCGAGCCCGACACCCGCGCGCCCGUCACCAUCAUCACCGGCUUCCUCGGCUCCGGCAAGACGACGCUGCUGAACUACAUCCUCAAGGCGGACCACGGCAAACGGAUCGCCGUCAUUGAGAACGAGUUCGGCGAGGUGGACAUCGACGGGUCGCUCGUGGCGGACGCGCUGGCGGGGUCGGAGGACGUGGUGGUGCUCAACAACGGAUGCCUGUGCUGCACCGUUAGAGGCGACCUCGUUAGGAUGCUCAGUGACUUGAUCACGACCAAACGGGACAAGUUUGAUCACAUCGUCAUUGAAACCACAGGUCUGGCCAACCCAGCGCCCAUCAUUCAAACGUUCUUCUUAGAAGAGGAGCUGGCAGAGGGGUUACGGCUGGAUGGAGUGGUGACUCUGGUGGACGCCAAGCACGUCACACGCCACCUGGAUGCUGCCGAGAAGGCAGCAGCUGAGGGGUCAACGGAGGUCAACGAGGCUGUGGAGCAGGUGGCCUUCGCGGAUCGGCUUAUCGUUAACAAGGUGGACCUUGUGUCAGAGAGCGAACUGAAAGAUCUCGUCGAGAGGCUUCAGGAUAUCAACUCCAUGGCUCGCAUGAGCAAGGCGUCGUAUGGCAAGGUGGAUCUGGAGUAUGUGCUCGGCAUUGGGGGCUUCGACCUUGAAAGGAUUGAGAGGGACCCCAUGCGAAGCAUGCAACAGGUGUCUCGUCUGUCAGCAUUCAGUGUGAAGGCAACCUCGACUUGGAGAAGAUCAAUGACUGGUUGGGAGAUCUGCUUGCGGAGAAGAGUGAUGACAUCUAUCGCAUGA